AUGGGUGAAAAAUUUGAGAAGUCGAAGGAUUUAAUGACAUUUAUUUCAGAUGAAGAGUUGAAUGAUGAGGAAGAAAAUGUGGUACUACUUGUGGUGUUAAAGGAUGAUGAGAAAGUUGAAGAGCCGAAAGAAUCAAUGACAUUUAGUUCAUUAGACGAAGUUUGCUCUUAUUAUAGGAAGUAUGCUAAGCAAGCUGGGUUUGGUAUAGCGCAGAGAAGCUCGAGAAAAAAGAAGGGUAGAAAAGGUUACGCAAUGCUUAUAUGUACUCGUGGAGGUGCAGAGCGACCUAAAACAAGUGAUUGUUCGAAGCCAAUUCCAAUUUCAAAUAAAACAGGGUGUGGUGCUAGGAUUUGUGCAAAUUUAUGUGAUGAUGGAACGUGGUUUUUGAGUAAAGUUGAGUUGAUGCAUAAUCAUUCGUUAAGCCCGGGCAAGGCGAGAUUUUUUAGAAGCAAUAAGAAAAUUAGUGACGUUGCGAAAAGAAGACUUGAGCUAAAUGACAGAGCAGGAAUACGUUUUUGUAAAAAUUUCAAUUCAUUAGUUGUUGAAAGUGGAGGGUUUGAGAAUCUUUCCUUUGGAGAGAGAGAUUGUCGGAAUUAUAUUAACAAGGCAAGAGAACUCAAUCUUGGUAAAGGUGGUGCUCAAGCACUUUGUGAUUACUUCAGAAGAAUGCAAAAGCAGAAUAGUGGCUUCUACUACGUAAUAGAUGUGGACGAUGAUUGUAGGUUAAGAAAUGUUUUUUGGGCUGAUGCACGGAGUAGGGCAGCGUAUGAUUUCUUUGGAGAUGUUAUUACGUUUGACACAACGUAUUUGACCAAUAAAUAUGACAUGCCAUUUGCUCCUUUUGUAGGAGUGAAUCAUCAUGGUCAAUCUAUACUUUUAGGGGCAGGACUAAUUUCAAGAGAGGAUACAGACACAUUUGUGUGGUUGUUUAAAUGUUGGUUGGAGUGCAUGAAUGGCCAAGCCCCUAAAGCAAUUAUGACAGACCAGGAUAGAGCUAUGAAAAAUGCAAUCGCUAUUGGUGCCAUUAAUAAAUGUUUGUAUGACUCUCAAACAUGUGAAGAAUAUGAGGAAAAUUGGAAAGAUCUUCUGGAGAAGUAUAAUCUUCAUGAUAAUGCAUGGUUGAAUGGGUUAUAUAUGGAUAAGACAUUUUGGGUGCCGGCAUACAUGAAAGAUACGUUUUGGGCGGGAAUGAGUACUACACAUCGAAGUGAAAGUAUGAACGCAUUUUUUUAUGGUUACGUGCACUCACGAACCACAUUGAAAGAAUUUGUUGAUGAAUAUGAUAACGCUUUAAGGAGAAUGGUCGAGAGUGAGGCACGUGCUGAUUUCGAUUCUUUCAAUCGCACAAUCCCAUGUAUAAGUGCCUUGCAAUUAGAGAAACAGUUUCAAGUUGUUUACACAAAUGCGAAGUUCAAAGAAGUACAUGAGCAGUUUGUGAAAAUGAUGUCUUGUAAUAACGCUCUUCUCAAAAGUGAAGGUGCGAUUUCUACCUUCGAAGUUGUUGAAUAUGUUGCAGUUGGAGAUCACUUAAUAGAAAAGACAUUUCUUGUUUACUUCAAUGAAAAUGAACUCGAAGUGAAGUGCACAUGUGCAUUGUUUGAAGUAAAAGGCAUCUUAUGUAGGCAUUCACUUUCCGUGUUACGGACAAAGAAAGUGACAACUCUGCCACAAAGAUAUGUUCUUGACAGAUGGAGGAAAGAUAUUAAGCGAGAGUACUCGAAGGUUAAGAGUAGUUAUGAUGCCAUUAGUGAUAAUCCACAUGCCCAAAUACAUGACAAAGUGAGAAACAAUUUGGAAGAAUUACUGUCGCUGACGUCGGCCUCCAAAUCAACGGAAAAUCAAGACAACACUAGUCAAUCUCCAUUGCCUUCUGUGCCUUCUGCAGCUCGCGAUCAUAGUACUCAGGAUUCUGUCGCUUCGUCAUCGACAGUUGCUCACACGUUCAGUGGUCACCAUCAUUCUAUUCUUUCUCAGGUUGAUAUACGGUGGGUCUUGACUAUGGAUCCUCUGCCUUUGAGUCAAGAAGUAUUACUCCAGUUGUUCUGGCUUUUACCCUAUUGUUUCAAUACCAACCCAGCUGAAAUAAUUGCUUGGAUGACAGACGUUUUUAAUUCCAUAAUUCCAACUGAUCCGGCAAUUGAAAUGCAUGUGCGGCCCAUCUUCAAUCAAGUCUAUGCCACACUCAACCAUAUAAGUGUCCUGCCGACAAAUACUGAUGCUAUGCGUGGGUUUUCAGAUACGAACUACACCCAGUUGAUUGAGCUUUACAACAGAUACAUGGACAAAGGUUUUGAGAUCUUAGCAUUUCCAUGCACAAGAUACAAAGCUAACUAUCCAAUAUUUCAAAAGGUUGUAAAUGUGAUACCUCUCAAGGGUGGAGCCCCUCCGAAGCAUGCCCAGAGAACACAGUUAAUCACAGAGAAUUACCAAGUUGUCUGA